UCCAGCCUCUUACCGUUAGAUUUUAAAAAUUGAUAAUUUUUAGAGGUUAGUGCCUUUUUAAACCUUUUCACUCGGAUUAAUUUUAAUAUAAAUAAAACAAGGGCCACUUCUUCUCCUUCACUCUCACAAAUUCACUCUCUUUUCUCUCUUUUUCAAAAAGCCGUCUCAUUUAUAUUAUCUUAAAACGUUUUUGGCCAAAACCCACUGAGGCAGAGAGAUUUAGACCUCUAUCAAUGGCUACAAAAGUCUACGUUGUUUACUAUUCUACGUAUGGACAUGUUGAAAAGCUAGCUGAAGAGAUAAAGAAAGGAGCUGAAUCUGUGGAAGGUGUGGAAGUGAAAUUAUGGCAGGUACCUGAAACACUGUCAGAAGAGGUUCUUGGCAAAAUGGGUGCACCACCUAAGAGUGAUGUACCUAUCAUUACACCGAAUGAACUUGCGGAGGCUGAUGGGUUGCUUUUCGGUUUCCCUACUAGAUUCGGGAUGAUGGCUGCACAAUUUAAAGCAUUUAUGGAUGCAACUGGAGGUCUAUGGAGAACGCAAGCACUUGCUGGCAAGCCUGCAGGAAUUUUCUACAGCACUGGUACUCAGGGAGGUGGACAGGAGACCACUCCCUUGACUGCCAUCACACAGCUUGUUCACCAUGGUAUGGUCUUUGUGCCCAUUGGAUACUCAUUUGGAGCUGGCAUGUUUGAGAUGGAGCAGGUGAAAGGUGGCAGCCCUUACGGCGCGGGAACCUUUGCUGGGGAUGGCUCCAGACAGCCUUCUGAACUAGAGCUCGCGCAAGCUUUACACCAGGGAAAAUACUUCGCUGGGAUUGCAAAGAAAUUCAAGGGCACUGCUUGAUUUUCUCUCAUACGAAUCAUGUCGAUGUUGCUAUAUGUACCCUUGAAAAUUCUGCUCCAUUCCUGGGAAGAUUUCAGUUCAUGCUCUUUUGAAAAAUAAUGUGCCUUAUGACUUGCAUUAUUGUCAUGAGCUCACUUUCAUUGCAAUAGACGCAUAUAUUAAUGAGAAAAAGAAAUUGCUGCUCCA